AUGAACUGGAAUGGGACGAGCGAUCCUCUGAGAAGGAGGCAGCCAGUUCCGAUUGAAGAUGUUAAUCAUAAUUUGGUGGAUGUUCUUGAAAGAAUUCGGAAAUUUGGACUUGAGAUCCAGGUCUUUAAAGCCUUGCAAGAGCAAUUGCAAAAUGGAGCAAAAUGCGAGCGCGGGACGCAGACCGAGGGCCAGAAGAGCAGAGAGAAUUCUUCCACAAUUCAAUAUGAAAUGGUCGAGAAUGAAAAGCUCCCUGCCGAGUAUCGAGCUGAUGAGAUGAAUUAUGUCAACUCGGAAAUUCUUUCCGAAGUUAGGAUUAUGGGUGCGGCGGAGUAUGAAGAUUCGCCAGAUUCGUUUAUUCAGAUUUCGCAGUCUUCAGACAUGCCCGCAGGCGAGUUCAUGGACUCCGAAACAGUUGUUGCCCACCCUAGCCAUCACGUGGAAGAAUCUUGGAUAACUCUGCAGCACACAAACGUCGCAUCUUCGGGCUUCAAUUACCGACAAUUCCAAGGCGUCUCAGAGGUUGACUCAGAGGCAGAGGCAAUCAAGGAAGACUUGACGAUCAGGGAUUUGCAAGAGGAAAAUGUGGAUAGUUUCGAAGUCAACAAUAUGCUAAAAGAAGACUCCUGGAUCUCCGCAAAAAUGAUCAAAGAAUACAUGGUUACGCACAAUAUUCCGCAACGAGAAGUCGUGGACGCAACCGGACUCAAUCAAAGUCACCUAUCGCAGCAUUUGAACAAGGGGACCCCGAUGAAGCUUCAGAAAAGAAGCUUGCUUUAUCACUGGUAUGUGAAAAAGAAGAGGGCGGUUGAGAUCAAUUUUCAAAACUCUGCCAUGGGGAAAAGAAGCGUGAGCUACGAAGGGGAAAUUGUCCAAGAGCCUGAUUUUGUCCGAACAACGCCUCGAGCGGGGGAGAAAGCAAGGCGAAAUCGAUUCAGAUGGGGUCCGGCGAGUCAACGAGUUCUCCAAGAUGCUUUCAAGCGGCAGAAAAAUCCGUCGAAAGAGGAAAGAGAGCUUUUGGUCUCAGAGUGUAAUCGCGUAGAAUGCUUGAAAAGAGGCGUGAGUCCGGAAAAUGCAGCCGGUCUUGGGACGAAUUUAGUGACGGAAGUAAGGGUCUAUAACUGGUUUGCAAAUAGGCGGAAAGAAGAAGCUUUCAAAUCGAAAAUCAGCAAGGCUAAACCAAGAAAUUUUAUCCAACAAGAAGAAAAACCGAGAAUUUUUGAUUCAUUCGACUAUCAAGAAACAACAGAAAUUCUCGAACCGAAGAGAAAACGUCCUCAAAUGUUCAAAAAGCAAGAAAGCGUCCUGCCAAGUCUCAAACUAAGACAAGCUGAAACAUCUGUCCGACAAAUUGAGCCUUCCUCAGCGACUGAAUCAUUUUUCAUGCAACAAAAUAAUGAUUAUGGAUACAUAAGCAUUGAUAACGCGAAUAUUCUACAGCAAUCGGCGAUAGAAUGCGGAAUAUCACCGAAAGCAGAGCCACAAGAAAAACUUAAUUAA